AUGGAUAUUGAACUAGAGGAGAGAACAAAGGACUUGAGACUUUUGAAUGAGCUGAAGAUUACAAGAGCUAGGCAGGCGUAUCAAGCAGCGAAAGUGAGGGGUUUUAUGGAGGUGUCUCCUAGUUUUGAUAAUUUUGAUUUUAAAACUAUUGAUGAUGCACAAAAAGUAUGGCUGGAACGUGACUUCGAGGAGGAUGAGGUGCUUAAAGCUAUCAAAUGUUGUGGUGCAAAUAAAGCACCUGGUCCGGAUGGUAGGGCGGAUUGGAGAUUGAAUACAUCUUUCAUCAGAUUAACUCUUAAGAAAGAAGAUGCUUUAACUACAAAAGAUUACAUGCCUAUUAGCCACAUCAGUAGUUUUUAUAAAUUAAUUUCUAAGGUGUUGGCUGAAAGGAUGAAAGUUGUUAUGCCGCAACUUAUUCCGAGUUCUCAGGGUGCUUUUGUGAGGCAGAAACAGAUUCUGGAUGGUAUUCUGAAAAAUGGCUUUGGUGAAAGAUGGAUCAGGUGGAUUAGAUGGUGCGUAACUGAAGCUCAAUUCUCGGUGUUUUUUAAUGGAGCAGCUACUGAUAUAAUUAAGCCAUCUAAAGGGGUUCGGCAGGGUGAUACUUUGUCACCAUUCUUGUUUUUGUUGGUGGUUGAAGUGUUAUCUUUGUUAGUUAGUGAUGCUAAGCAGAAGGGUUUAAUAACUGGGUUCCAAGUGAAAGAAGGCGGAACUACGGUAACUCAUCUACAAUUUGUAGACGACACGAUUUUAAUGCUUAAUGCUUCCAAAAAAGAGGUUAUAAAUUUGCUCGUUCUCUUAAUGAUUUUUGAGGUUCUUACUGGACUUAAAUUGAAUUUAGAAAAAAGUCCAAUCACUAGCAUAGGUGCAGAUGAUGUGGUGGGCGACUUGGCGUUAGAGUUAGGUUGCAAGGUUGAUGAACUUCCUAUUACCUAUCUAGGGAUGCCAAUCGGAGCUUUGAGGAGAAACAAGGAAGGUUGGGAUGCUGUAAUUCAGAAGAUGAAGAAGAAACUUGCGCCUUGGAAGAGAGUUUUUCUUAACAAAGCGGGUAGAAUAACCCUGAUUAGGAGUGCUUUGGAGAGCAUAACCACUUAUUUUAUGUCUCUGCUGAUUCUUCCAGUGGCUGUUGAGAAGGAAUUGAACAUAAUUAUGAGACGUUUCUUAUGGGGCGAAGAAGGUGAUCAAAGAAAGAUGAGUUGGGUCUCUUGGUUAAAGAUAUGUAACUUAAAAGAGAAUGGUGGCUUGGGUAUUCGAAAUUUGAGACUGGUCAAUAAAGCUUUGUUGGCUAAAUGGCAUUGGCGUUAUGCUAGGGAGAAGCAGGCAUUGUGGAGGAGGAUAGUUUGUGAAAAAAACAGGUGCUGA